AAUUUAACAUAAAAUAAAUGUAAAUAGGAAGCAUGUGAAAAAAAAAUGGGUACUGUUAUUUUAUCUUUUCUAUUCCACCCAUACUUCAUACAAAUUAAGUUUCAUUUAGAUUUGUUUUGUUCUUUGGUCAUACUGCUUGAACCGAAGCAGUAAAAGCCACUAGCAUAGUGUUUGUCAGACCUUGAUUUUAGUACACUGUUCAAAUAAAAGCAUUAAUUUAAGUGAAGUGCACAAGGUAAUACCAAAGGACUCGGCUGGAUAUCAUACAUACAGUUAUGUCAGUAAACUUGAGUAGAUUAUAGAUGGCAAGUAAUUAGAGCUUCUUUCUCCAGUGUUUCAGUUCAGUGUUUUAUGUUUGUACCAGUUCAAAUCCCAUUGCUUUUCAAAUUUAAUAUGUACAUUUCAUUGUAAUAAUGAAUGUGUAACUAUUAAAACUUAUAUUUUUGCAGGGUUCAUUUAGUAAUCUGAUUUUAACUAACGUCUGAAACGUGAAUUUAAUUCAGACUAUUAUAUUUUUAGCAUGACAGGGAGUGUAAUCUUGUUGAGGUAGUAGAAAAUACAUAUUUAGGAAAAUAUAACUUGCUUAGUUGAUCAGUUAACUAUUUUCUUCAACAUCAAUAAAUACAAAGCUAAUUUAUCAAAAUUUCAGAUAAAUUGAGGAAGCCUGGAAUGUGAGACAUUACAAAUCUAAUUUUUUUUCUCUUCUCAGCCUUCAUCUUCACUUGUAGUAUGGUUCGUGAGGAGUCACAGUAGCUCAGUAGUUUUUCUAUUUUACUAAUUUUUACGUCCAGUGUAGGUAGCACCAAAAGGAUUUUUAAAACACAGGAUUUCAGUUAGCGCAUACUUUGGUUUUUUUGCGUCUCUCUCUCUCUCUCUUUUUUUUUUUUUUUUACUGAUUUGGUUAUUUGCCGUUUCUGGGGAUUAAACUUUAAAAAAUGUUCUUCUUUUCUGUAUCUGAUGUUCUGUGUGCUAUUAGUGAUGCAGCCAACACGAACGGUUGUCAUGUGUAAAACAACUUUCGAUCACCGCGAAAACAUCGCCCUGGGAAAGCGUCCAUGCUUGAUAUCGUUUGGUUCAUGAACAUUAAGUUUCCAGUACAGGUAAAAUCCCAGAUGAAGCCAAAGCCCUUUCUCUGUUGGCUCCUGCUCCUACUAUGACAAGCCUGAUGCCUGGUGCAGGGUUGCUUCCUAUACCUACACCAACCCCUUUGACUACACUUGGUGUUUCACUUGGCACUUUGGGCGCUAUACCAGCAGCAGCAUUGGACCCGAACAUUACAGCACUGGGAGAAAUACCACAGCCACCAAUUAUGGGGAAUGUGGAUCCAUCCAAAAUUGAUGAAAUCAGGAGAACGGUCUAUGUGGGAAACCUGAAUUCCCAGACUACAACAGCAGAUCAACUGCUUGAAUUCUUCAAGCAAGUUGGAGAAGUCAAAUUUGUACGGAUGGCAGGUGAUGAGACGCAACCAACACGAUUUGCUUUUGUGGAAUUUGCUGACCAAAAUUCUGUACCUCGAGCUCUUGCCUUUAAUGGAGUUAUGUUUGGAGACAGGCCACUGAAAAUAAAUCACUCCAAUAAUGCAAUAGUGAAGCCUCCAGAAAUGACACCACAAGCUGCUGCCAAGGAACUGGAAGAGGUGAUGAAGAGAGUAAGGGAAGCUCAGUCUUUCAUAUCUGCUGCUAUUGAGCCAGAGUCUGGAAAGAGCAGUGAAAGAAAAGGCGGUCGAUCUCGUUCCCAUUCUCGUUCAGAAUCCAGGUCUAGCUCAAAAUCCCGAUCUAGAAGGAAAAGGUCACACUCAAAACACAGAAGUAGAUCUGGCAACAGAUCACUCUCAAGACACAAGGACAGACGCAGAUCUAGAAGCCCUCUGAAAAAACGGUCUAGGUCUAGGGAAAGGCGAAAAUCAAGAAGUCGCUCUCGUUCUCGGGACAAGAAAAGAGACAAAGUCAAAGAAAGAGAAAAAAAUAAAGAAAAGGAGAGAGACCGAGACAAGGAGAAGGAGAGAGACAGAGACAAGGACAGAGAAAGAGAGCGAGAUAAAGAAAGAAACAGGGAGAAGGAGAAGGACAGGGAGAGAGAUAAAGAGCGAAACAAAGAUCGAGAGAGAGUCAGAGACAAAGACAGGGAUAGAGAAAGAGACAAAGAUAAGGACAAGGACAGGGAAAAGGAGAAAGAUAAAGAUAAGGAAAAAGAUAGGGAAGAGUUGGACCAGAACAAGGAAAAAGAAGAUACUGACAAAGAUGGGGAGAAGGACAGAGAGAAGAUUAAGGAGAAGGAGGGAGAUAAGGACAAAGGAGGGGACAAAGAAAAGGACAGAGAGAAAGAAAAGGAGAAAGAUGGGGAUAAGGAUAAGGAUCGAGAAAGAGAAAAAGAGAGAGAUGAUAAAAAGAAGAAAGAUAAGAGAUCCAGAACACCCCCAAGAAGUUACAGCUCUUCAAGAAGAUCUCGUAGCUCCAGCAGAGAAAGGCGCAAAAGGAAAAGUAGAAGUCCAUCCAAGUCUCCUAAAACUUCCAAAACAACAAAAAGAAAGUCUUCACGAACUCCUUCUCCAAGAAGAAACAAGAAAGAAAAAAAAAGAGAAAGAGAUACAAAUAAUGAAAGAAGAGAAAGAGAACGCUCCACUUCCAAGAAAAAAAGUAGUAAAGAAAAAGAGGGAAAGGAGAAAUCUGAUAAAAGUAUGACAACUUUCAAGGACAAAGAUCAUGCUAAAGAAGAUCAGAAUUCAGACACUGACAAAGAAGUAGAAAACAGAGAUGCACAAAGGAUGGAUGAAGUCAAACUGCAACAGAAUGGAAACUGUCAACUAAAUGAAGAAAACCUCUCAGUUAAAAUGGAAGAGAUUUAAAGCAAAGAGUGAAACUCUGAUUCAAUUAAGGACUGAAAUCCAAAGCUUUCUAUUUCCUAGAACGAAGAAGAAAAUGUCAAAGCAAUCAAUCUGAACAUAUUGAUAGUACUAGUAGCUCUUCCAAUUCUUGUGAUAGCUUUGUUGUUGUCUUGCUGUGAAGCAAGAGAGCACGGACCAGUAAUUAUGCCGUGAAAAGGCAGAUGCCAUCAGAACUAUUCAUCUCUGAAAACCCAUGCAUUUCUGUGGUGGCUGUACUUAUUUGUAAAAUUAUUUAUGUUAGGGUUUACUUUAAGCUGUUACAAAUAAGUAGAGACUGAAAGAUGUAAACCUGUACUACCCAAAAAAAGCUGGGGAUAUGUGUUGAAGGUUGUUUAAAUUACUACUAGUUCAUGUAUUCUGCUUCAUUUUACCUUGUGGGUUAAAAAAUCCACAAAAACUUCAAUGUGUACUCUUUGAUAUGCUUGGAAAUGAUGUGUCAAUAUCCACACUUUCUUUUGUUGUAAAUGACAGCUGCCAACCCUGGAAAAGGGUUUUAAACAUAAACACAUUUUUACAGUUCUUAUGUUAAUUAUCCAUUGACAGCUAUGUUUUUCCUUUGUUCGCUGCUUGGAAUUCUUAUUUAAAAUAAUUUCAUACUUAUAUCCCUGAAAUUAAUAUUUCUUUUACAUUGUUUGGAGAGUGCAUGCUGCUUCUCUGUUCCUAAAAGGAGCAUUGCUAUGUUAUAGACAAUAGGUUAGCUUACUGGGUUAUUUUGGAGUUGGUUUGCUUUGUCUUCAUUUGUCCUUCCAGAAGUGAGCACAUCUGUACGAUAAAAUUGAAACUUAAAGCUUCGUUUUGAGCAGUACUGCAGUAUCUGUUCAGCUGCAAGUAGUACAGGUGCCAUUAUGAAAAAAAUAAUUUCAUGUUUGUUUAAAAAAGUUACAGGAGCACAAGCAGAAGCUUUAGUGCCUUCUUAAAAUGUGGUAUUUUUUAGAAAUGUAUACGUGCUAUUACUCACUUUAACUUAAAUCUUAACAUGAUUUAUCUCUAUUGCUGUUUUGCUGCCACCAUGCUGUAGACAAGAAUGCAAGUGAUGUGUCAGAAUGGUUGUUUUGAUUCACUUGUUAAAAUACUAAAGCUCCA